CCCGCCUACGUGCUGCAGAUCUUCCCGCCCUGUGAGUUCUCCGAGAGUCACCUCUCCCGCCUGGCCCCUGACCUCCUUGCCAGCAUCUCCAAUAUCUCCCCGCACCUCAUGAUUGUCAUUGCCUCUGUCUGAGGCUAUGCUGCAAAAAGAUGAACCCGGAACAGAACUGUGGACAACACAGCCAGGCAGAGGGGAAGCUGCUGAGGGGCAGACUGCCAGGCGCCACCAGCUGCCCUCGCUCUCACGCCCGCCCAGCUCCCAGCUCCCAGCUCC